GUACUUGCACCCUCACACACACUCUCCCGAGAACCAGAAGUCGGUUGGGUGUUUAUAUAAUGAAGAAUUAUGGGGCUGUUUGAUCGAGGUGUUCAAAUGCUUUUAACCACCGUUGGUGCUUUCGCUGCCUUCAGUCUGAUGACCAUAGCUGUGGGAACCGACUAUUGGCUCUACUCCAGAGGGGUUUGCAAGAGCAAAAGUGUCAGUGAGAAUGAAACCAGCAAAAAGAACGAGGAAGUUAUGACCCAUUCUGGAUUAUGGAGAACCUGCUGCCUAGAAGGGAACUUCAAAGGUCUCUGCAAGCAAAUUGAUCACUUCCCAGAGGAUACAGAUUAUGAAGCUGACACAGCAGAAUAUUUCCUCCGGGCCGUGAGGGCCUCAAGCAUCUUCCCGAUCCUGAGUGUGAUUCUACUUUUCAUGGGUGGACUCUGCAUCGCAGCCAGCGAGUUCUACAAGACUCGACACAACAUCAUCCUGAGUGCUGGCAUCUUCUUCGUGUCUGCAGGUCUGAGUAACAUCAUUGGCAUCAUAGUGUACAUAUCUGCCAAUGCCGGAGACCCCUCCAAGAGCGACUCCAAAAAGAAUAGUUACUCGUAUGGCUGGUCCUUCUACUUCGGGGCCCUGUCCUUCAUCAUUGCCGAGAUGGUCGGUGUGCUGGCCGUGCACAUGUUUAUCGACCGGCACAAACAGCUGCGGGCCACGGCCCGCGCCACGGACUACCUCCAGGCCUCCGCCAUCACCCGCAUCCCCAGCUACCGCUACCGCUAUCAGCGCCGCAGCCGCUCCAGCUCCCGCUCCACCGAGCCCUCACACUCCAGGGACGCCUCCCCCGUGGGCCUCAAGGGCUUCAACACCUUGCCGUCCACGGAGAUCUCUAUGUACACCCUCAGCAGGGACCCCCUGAAGGCCACCACCACGCCCACCGCCACCUACAACUCCGACAGGGAUAACAGCUUCCUCCAAGUUCACAACUGUAUCCAGAAGGAAAACAAAGACUCUCUCCACUCGAACACAGCCAACCGCCGGACCACCCCCGUAUGAAGCCACGGGGCCCUCGCUAGCGCCUGCCCUGCCGGGUCCCAGGCAGAGCCCGAGAGUCGGGGCAUGGCCCGGCCUGUGGGGUGGGCCUGGGGGUAGGGGAGGGUGGGG